GCAGUAGCGAUUGAAAACGGACCACGGGGACCGCACGCGGACGUACCAUACGCGUGUGCAGUGUGCGCGGCUAUUAACCCAGGGAUAUAAUAAUUAUUUUUUUAAAGUAAAGAUUAAAGAAGAAAAACCUAUCAAAGCUAUUUCUAAUAAUCCCUCAAACAAAAUAAUACGUACACAUACAGUUUAAAUAGCCAUACCAUUGUGAAUAAAAUAGUAAGUGUACCACUGAUUACGUUAAAACACUGAUAAAUAUGGCGAACAACGUAGCACCGGACUCGUGGGAACAGCAGGCGGACAAUGGUGAUACGACAACUGCCGACAGUAAAUUUAUCGAGGGUAAAUUUUCAACAUUGAACGUUAAUGCAGCGGAAUUUGUGCCUUCCUUCUGCAUAAAUACAAUACCAGAUAAAACAUCAACGAGUUUGCCAACGAGUGUUGACGACAGUUGUGUGGAUAACAGUACCGGGAAUACUACAGGCGACACGCCAAUUGGUGAUACCAAUACUGCUGAUGUCGCCGUGACCACCUUUGUACCACCCGAGACUCAUCAUGCUGCGACUGUACCAGCUCUGCCACCCGAUCCUGUCAGUAACAGGAUGGACGAGCCACCCGCAGGCGGGGGAGCACCUCCACCGAGUGUCACUGAUCCCGAGGCCAGCAAUAGCAGCCCCGAGCAUCAGCCAGCCGACUCCUGGGAAGAGGCUGCUGUAGAUGGUGAUCCAUUACUAACACCAGAGAAUGAAGAAGCUGAUAUCGAGGAGGAUGAAGAAGCAGUUGUGAAAGUAACUAAAAAGAAGCCUGUCAAAGUAACAGAGGAUACUAAAAGUAAAAAGGAACACGUCAAUGUGGUUUUUAUUGGACAUGUCGACGCUGGUAAAUCAACAAUUGGCGGUCAAAUAAUGGCUCUAACAGGUAUGGUAGACAAGAGAACACUCGAGAAAUAUGAGAGAGAGGCUAAAGAGAGGAGCCGAGAGACGUGGUACUUGAGUUGGGCCCUAGAUACCAAUCAAGAGGAGAGAGAGAAGGGAAAGACAGUUGAAGUUGGCAGAGCGUACUUUGAAACUGAGAGAAAGCACUUCACUAUUUUGGAUGCACCAGGACACAAGAGUUUUGUACCAAAUAUGAUUGGUGGUGCUGCUCAGGCUGAUCUUGCUGUACUCGUUAUAUCAGCUAGAAAGGGGGAAUUCGAGACUGGCUUUGACAGGGGUGGACAGACGAGAGAGCAUGCUAUGCUUGCUAAAACAGCUGGUGUUAAGCAUCUUGUGGUACUAGUUAAUAAAAUGGAUGAUCCAACUGUCGAGUGGGAUGAGAAGAGAUACAACGAGUGCAGAGAUAAAAUUCUGCCUUAUCUCCGCAAACUAGGAUUCAAUCCAGCUAAAGAUCUCACAUUUAUGCCUGUAUCGGGACAAUUAGGAAUUGGACUGAAAGAUCCUAUUCCAGAGUCACUAUGUACAUGGUACACGGGCCUACCUUUCAUCACAUUCAUCGAUUCUCUACCGUCGUUAAAUCGUAAGAGUAAUGGACCAUUUAUCAUGCCAAUUGUUGAUAAGUAUAAGGACAUGGGGACGGUCGUCAUGGGAAAAGUUGAGGCGGGAGAGGCGAGAAAGGGACAAGCAUUAUUAGUCAUGCCAAACAGGACAGCCGUAAUUGUGGAUCAACUGUGGUCUGACGAUGAAGAAGUUACGUCCGUAGGACCUGGUGAGAACGUGAAAAUAAAACUCAAGGGAAUAGAGGAAGAAGAUGUUAGCCCUGGCUUUGUCCUUUGUGACGGCAAUAAUCCCAUAAAAACAGGCAAGACAUUCGACGCUCAAGUUGUCAUAUUAGAACACAAGAGUAUCAUCUGCGCUGGAUACAGUGCAGUCAUGCAUAUUCACUGCGCAGCCGAAGAAGUCACUGUCAAGGCGCUUAUAUGUCUCGUUGAUAAGAAAACUGGUGUAUAUAGUAAAACGCGACCGAGGUUCGUCAAACAGGAUCAGGUUGCUAUUAUGAGAAUAGAAUGUGCUGGAGUUAUUUGCCUUGAAAAAUUCAAACUAUUUCCACAAAUGGGACGAUUCACCCUCAGAGACGAAAAUAAAACAAUUGCCAUCGGCAAGGUGCUGAAGGUGGUCGAGUAAGAGAAUCAUUAAAUUCCACCACCACUUUGCUCAACUUCGUCGAUCGUAGCUGCAGAUCAAUGGCAAAUGAAAUCCUGAACAAUUAAUAGCAAUGUCGCGCGUGUGUGUUGAUUAACGGUAAAUUGAAAACAAUAUAAAUUACAAUUAAAUUGCAACGACCGAUUGAGUCGGAUGGUGUCGAUGAAAUCAACACUAGCAAAAAUGUUCAAAUAAGUUAACGAGUUUCAAGCGAAAUAGUUUUGCAUAUCGAUUGCUCCAUUUUAUCCCUGUGGAUUUUUGAGUCACUGGAGAGCUGCAUUGGCCUUGCUAUUUUUUACUUUCAUUUUAAAGUAGAAAAUACUUUUUCCCUAAAGUCAAUUGUUCAUGUCCAUUACGACCGUUCAUGCCCUUCAUACAUUUCCUUUGUUUCUCACAGACAAUUGGAAUAUAAGUUGAAUGAAAAGGGGAAGAAAUAGGUGAAUGUGCGUGACUGGUUUUUAGAAGGUUGUAAAAGCCUCGGGUAUUGGGUUUUUUUCCAUUGCGAAGUUCUAGAUGGGUUCAUGACCUCAUUCAGAAUUUUUCGUUCCUUUCUUUAACAUCGAAUUCUCUCACGCAAUCUACUAUCGGACUACUCAAUUAAACACGAAUGCUGGAUUCAAGAGGAGUCGAAAAAAAUUAAUAGAGAUUCGCUAAGAAAUCCUAAUAAAUUUAUAUCAACAGAUUAAUUAGCCUUCCUCCAAUUUUAUUGACAAAUUCUACCGCUCGUCUGCCCGAAAUUAUUAAUUUACAGGUCAUUGUCUCCUCGAAAAAAAAUGUGCUGGGACGAUAAAUUUUAAUAGAAUGGGUGUAAAAGGAUGAUAAUUUCCCACAAAGUGCUGCUCUUUUCUAGAAAAAAAAUAUUUCCGUACAUGUAAUCUUUAAUAAAUCAUCUUUUACAUGAAACGUGUGGAAAACAGUCACGCACGUUCACUCAAGCUAAUAUAUACCCAAAUUACAUACCUUCUUGCUGCUGUGCAUCCAUCGUUGUCGGUUUAUUAUCCACCCAUUUUAAUCACAAAUUAAAAUAACAGUAAUUUUGAAGCAUAACGCGCGGCUUUGCACAUCUACGACGGUACUUGGCAUUUCCGUGAGGAAGCAAGUCAUAACGGUUGAAAAUUUGUGAAAAUAAAUAAAGUGGAACCAGAUAAAUAAAAGAUAAUCUAAAAAAAAUCAACUUGUGACUAUAAACUCGUUGGAAUGGACAUUACGAAUGCAAACAGCCUCUCACACGAAGAAUUCACUUCUUCUGUAACUCUUAUUAAUUUUCUUCCUAUUUCUCAACAAUUUUACAAGCGUUUAUUUCUCUAUUCAUCUCAAGUCACGUAAUAGGAAUGGCAAUAUCGAAUUAUGAGAGGAAAAUGAAUACGAGGGGAAUUAUAGAAAGGAACUUUUCAUUUUAGUUGGAGAGAUUAAUAACUGAAGAUAAAUAAUUAUGAAUUAUUGUAUCAUUAUUCUUCAUUAUUAUCGCUAAUAUCUACUAAUAAUUAUUGAAUUGGCGGCUAGAUAGUGAUAAAAAUUGAAGAGAAUCAUAAAAUUAGUAGCAAGAAAUUUUUUUUAAUGAAUGAAUAAUAAAUAAACAGACGAUUACAUAAAUUAAAAACAACACUUGGUAUGCAUUCGUAAAAUGGGCUGGUGUUAUGCAACAAGAAUAACUAAUUGAAAUAUUAUUAUUAUUAUUAUUGCUAUAUUAUUAUUAUUGUACUGUUUCUUAUUUUAUUGCCAUUAAAAACGAGUUUACGAUAA